AUGGCCGGAGGAGGAGAGGAACUCACGGUCGCUCUGUUGAAUAAGACGGCUGAGAACGGUGGGGAAGAUGAUGAGUUGGGGUUGACGAAGAAGGUUUGGAUUGAAUCAAAGAAGCUUUGGGUAGUAGCGGCGCCGGCUAUCUUCACGAGGUUCUCUACGUUCGGAGUUUCGAUGAUAAGUCAAGCUUUCAUCGGUCAUCUUGGACCUAUCGAGUUAGCCGCUUACUCAAUCACCUUCACCGUUCUCCUCCGUUUCAGUAAUGGUAUUUUGUUAGGCAUGGCCAGUGCACUAGAAACACUAUGUGGCCAAGCUUACGGAGCAAAACAAAACCAUAUGCUCGGAAUCUAUCUCCAAAGGUCAUGGAUCGUCCUCACAGGUUGUACCAUUUGCCUCACGCCCGUUUAUAUCUUCUCGGGCCCGAUCCUCUUAGCCUUAGGUCAAGAGGAACGCAUUGUCCGUGUGGCUCGGAUCAUAUCCCUAUGGGUCAUAGGCAUCAACUUCUCAUUCAUACCAUCAUUCACUUGCCAAAUGUUUCUCCAAGCUCAGAGCAAGAACAAAAUCAUUGCUUAUGUGGCUGCAGUCUCGUUAGCGGUCCACGUGUUCUUGUCGUGGCUCCUAAUGGUUCAUUUCGAUUUUGGAAUCACCGGUGCUAUGACCUCGACGCUCGUUGCCUUCUGGUUGCCUAACAUUGCGCAGCUCUUGUUCGUCACUUGCGGUGGGUGUAAGGACACGUGGAGAGGAUUCUCUAUGUUGGCUUUCAAAGAUUUAUGGCCCGUUUUUAAACUUUCCAUGUCUUCCGGUGGAAUGCUUUGCUUGGAGUUAUGGUAUAACUCGAUCUUGGUACUGCUCACUGGAAAUUUAAAAAACGCAGAGGUCGCUCUAGAUGCACUUGCUAUCUGCCUCAACAUAAAUGGAAUGGAGAUGAUGAUAGCACUUGGUUUUUUGGCAGCAGCAAGUGUAAGAGUGUCGAAUGAGCUCGGUAGGGGAAACUCAAAAGGAGCCAAGUUUGCAACAUUGACAGCGGUUUUCACGUCACUCUCUAUAGGAAUAGUUCUAUUCUUCGUCUUCUUGUUUCUAAGAGGAAAAGUUUCCUACAUUUUCACUACAAGUGAAGCUGUAGCAGCAGAAGUUGCCGAUCUUUCUCCACUUUUAGCUUUUUCCAUCCUCAUGAACAGUGUUCAACCUGUUCUCUCAGGAGUUGCUGUUGGAGCAGGAUGGCAAGGAUAUGUUACUUACGUUAACCUUGCUUGCUAUUACCUUGUCGGAAUUCCUACUGGUGUUAUCCUUGGUUAUGUAGUCGGUUUGCAAGUCAAAGGUGUCUGGAUCGGAAUGCUAUUUGGAGUAUUUGUUCAAACUUGUGUGCUUACCAUCAUGACUCUGAGAACAGAUUGGGAUCAACAGGUUUCUUGUAAAUUUAAGUAACCAGAAAAAGUUCCACAAGAAUUCCAACCACGAGUGGAGACCAAAUAAUCUUGCUGAGAAAACUAUCCACGGCACGUGUUUUGAAGCAAGGUGUUUGCUUGAGUCCAACGGGUAAAACGUGAAAGGGACUACUCUCGCUUUUUCCUAGUAAGGAUAGUUUCCACUGUUCCUUCCCAUUAACCUCUUGGAAGCCAUAUUAUAUGUCCCAAAAAGCAUCAUUUAGCUGCCUUUUCAACAUAGUUUGAAUUUCAAAUCUCAAAUCUGAAGCUGUUUCACUUUCUAGCAACAUGAAUCCGCAACAACGCCCUCUUCAUUCAUCGACAUUUGUUCACCAUGCUUCCCUCUCUCAAGAUUGCAAGCCACAUCUUCGUUUUUAUUUGCUUUCCACUUCUUUUCAGUGACAUCAGCAAGCGAAUCUGCAAGGAAUCGACUAGUAACUCCUCCAGCAAAGUUUUGUCUUGCCACUACUUGCAGACCAGUUGGAAACGUACUUCGUUUUUGGUUUCAAUGGCUCUUAGGCUCACAAAAACAGAAAAAGGAAAAAGCAAAUGAAUGAAGGCCGCGACAAUAACUUUAUGAGAAUCAAGGCACCAGCUCUGAAUAACUCAACACUCAUAAGAGACAACGUGCUUACCUUUAUAGGACGGCUGAACAGAAGAUGUGAGCUCUCAUUCCAUCUCUUCCAUGCAAAUAGAAUUUUCAACGUAGAGCUGUUGGGUCAGAUCUGGAAAACAUUUGUUUCCAGUUUAGAUUUUACAAAGAAAUCUGAGAAAAGUCUUAGAUAAUAGACCGUACCAUUUCUCCUUCUGGAUGGUCAUCCUCCAGUGGUGGAAACCGGUCAUCUCUCCCUCUUUUCCCUCCAUGAUUCCUUUCUGGAUCAAAAUCAAAGGUUUACCCCUCCUCUACUGGCAAAAAGACUUGGUGUGCAGAGUAGACCAAGAGUUGGGUACCUUGGACAACCAUGAGCUGACAAGAACAACAACAAGGGUUAGAGUACUAGUAGAUGGCUUAAAGUCUCUAGUGAAAGAAUCGAUUGUGGAGUUUGACUCGGGUGAAGAAAGUGUUAUUACCCUGGAAUAAGAGAGACUUGAAUUACACUGCUCAUUUUGUUUCUCACUUCUUCAUCUGAGGAAAAACUGUCCGAAAAAACAAGAUGACGAAGCAUCCAAAACACAAUUGGUAAGGUCAAGAGAAGAGGAAGAAGUCAACAAAACUUUAGCUCUGAGAUCUCUCCAUGAGAUUAUCGUAAGACCCCCAACCGCUACAUCUCAGACUCCCUAAGAUCUUCGGAGGAGGAUUACUAGCUUCGUAAAGUUAUGUUGGUGUAAACUCUGCCAACAUCUCAUUCCAGAAAUGAUUUGAUAGACACGGAAACUCUUUCAAGGAAAGAGUAAGCACCAAGCAAACUCGUAAUCCACCACCAGAGAAAUCUGCGAACCAAGGAGACACCACAUAACCGAUCUGGAAAAGCAAACCAGUCUCAAAAAGAGCUCAGACUUACGCUUCACCACCCUAUUCUAAGAAGAGAGAGGGUAUCAGCAUUAUCACAGAGACGUAGAGAUCUCUUUCCUCAACGGAGCUCAUGCCAAUGGAGGCCAAAACAGGUCUCGGAAACGGAGGACAUCUCUGUCAAACCAUUCAUCCAAAAGAAUCUUGCAAUAGAGGAAACAAAUCAGAUGGAUCCUUUGCAGAAGAGAACUAGCGUACCUCAAGUGCUCUCAAAAGAGGCAGUUAUGGAAAAACUACACAAAGUUACGAGGCAGUACCCAAGUUUCCAUGACCCUGUUGGAGCAGCAGCUCGGAGGUAGAGAGUUCUACGGAGAUGCAAUUUUUUUAAUGGAAGAAACAAUAACUUCAAUAAUGGCUCCAGCAGCAAAGCAGCCGAAUUUGUCGUUGCAACUAAGUGCUUCUGAUAGUAAACCAAUCACUCCUCCUCCAAUCAAUGAAUAUCCUCUACAUGGCUGGCUCUUCCCUGUCCCUUCGGUCAUUUACUGCCCUUAAGCUAGGAGAGAAGAGGAUUAUGGAUUGGAAUCAAAGUUUAGUGACACUCUUCGUUAUAUGGACCAAGCGACCCUUAAUGGAGAAAGAGAAAGAUCAAAGUUUAAAUCGGUCAUUAUCAGCCCUAAGACGGAAAGGGAAGAAGCGUUGGAAACACUCCAAACCCCAUUGCAGUACCUGAGGAAGAUGAGACAUUGAUGGCUUUUCAGAACAAAGCCAGGAGAAAAAUUAGGAAACCUGCAAAAUUGAGAUCACGAAGAUUUAGUUCUAACAUUCUUCGUGGAGCAGCUUAUAAAAAAAAAAAAUAAUCUCGUAGAUUCAGAACUCACAAGGAAAAGGUGUAUAUCCAUUAGAGAGAGAAUCAUAGAAAAAAAGCAGAGGAAAGAGUUGAAUGAACUUUAUGUGCCUUCAGGUCUUUCAUGUCUCAAAAUGGGCUCUUUGAUCUAAAAUUUUCUGGAAAAUACUUAUUUUUGAGAGGGAAGAGACACACUCAUCUGGUGCUUUGCAGACUGGAAAGAUCUGUAAGUAAAAGCGAAUGAAGGAGCUGUUCCCAUCUUGCAUAAACCAGUACCUCAAGUUUGAGGGCUCAGAUCACAGACUUUUGCUUGCUUUCCUAGAUACUUCAAGGAAAAAGGGCAAAAAAUUUCAGAUACGACAGAUGCUUCAAAGAUAAUCUGGAAAUAAAAAAAUAUCAUUAAGGAUAUUUGGGAAAACUCCAUGCAGCUUACUGUGGAAGAGAGGCUCUCUCAUGCAGAAAGACCAUUUUUUUCCUGGAGUAAGAAGUUUCAUAAGAACAGCCAAAAGUCGUUAGAGGAUACAAAACAGAAACUGGAGGCAGCAAUGUCCAAUUCAAAAUCCAAUGAAGCCCUGAUUCACGAACUUAAUCUGAGAUUGUUGCACUUGUACAAAAGCCGAAGAAGAAUUCUGGAAACAACGCAGCAGACAAUUAUAGUUAGCCCUUGGGGACUCCAACACUGAAUUUUUCAUACAGUAGCAAAAGGUCGAUCAGCAAAAAAUAGACUAUCAGUGAUUGCAUACAAGAAUGACGUACCAGUCUAUGAAGAGGAAGAGAUUUCCAGAGCCAUCUCAUGACUACUCAGCGCUCUUUGAAUCGGGUGGUGUUGAUGGACAACCAAAAAUCGUGAAAGCUCUCCAACCAUGCAUUUUAGAUGCACAAAAUGAAAGACUCAUAGUGAUGCCACAUGCAAAUGAGAUAAAGGAAGCUGCCUUUGCGAUCAAUGCAGAUAAGGCGCUAGGCCCCGACAGGUUUUCAGCCAGUUUCUUUCAGUCCAACUGGAGGUCAUCGGGCCAGCGGUGGUGAAGGAGAUCCAGCUGUUCUUCUCAACGGGUAUCCUCACACCAACGCUCAACAAAAAUAUGUGAAGUUAAUUCCAAAAAUCACAGGAGCGCAAAAAGUGGAAGAUUGUAGACAUGUUGCCCUUAGCAAUUUCAAAGCUGAUGUCCCUAAGAUUAAAAACAAUUUUGGGAUCCGAGCAGGACUAUAACAGACAACAUUUUGAUCACUCAUGAGGUGCUACACUUCCUAAAGAGAUCAAAGGUAGAAAAGAACUGUAAUAUGGCUGUAGAGACAAAUAUGUUGAAAGCAUACAACAUAAUUGAGUGGAAUUUUGUCUCAUAUGUUCUACAAAGUUUAGGCUUUCAUGCAACAUGGAUAAACUGGAUAAUGCAAUGCAUCACUACAGUUUCUUACUCCUUUCUACUCAAUAAUUCAGUCUACGGAGAAGUAAAGCCUUGCCGAGGUAUUAGGUAGGGAGAUAUCCUAUCUACUUAUAUCUUAAUACUAUGCAGUGAAGUCCUAUCGGGUUUGUGCAAGAGUGCAGAAAGAAAAGGUUUAAUUUACUUCAGGGAGUCAGUGUAGCACGUGGAAGCCAGAGGGUCAGUCAUCUGCUCUUUGCAGAUGACACCAUGUUCUUUGGCCUUGCAUCCGCUUCAAAUUGCGAAACUCUGCUGAGGAUCCUAUAAAAAAAAAGAGUGAGCUUCCAGUCAAAUGAUUAACAAGGCCAAGUCAUCCACCACAUUCUUAAGUAAGUCUCCACCUGAAGUCAAAGAAAAAAUGAAGUUAUUGCUGGGAAUUACACAAGAAAGAGGUUUAGGCAAGUAUCUAGGACUGCUUGAACAUUUUGGCAGAACAAAAAGAGAUUUAUUUACCUCGAUAGUAGAUAGAAUCCGAAAGAAGGCUAUCAGCUAGUCCCCAAAGAGACUCUCUCGAGCUGGGAAGCUCACAAUGCUCAAAUCAGUACUCAAUGCCAUCCCAACCUACACCAUGUCCUAUUUUCAACUCCUAAUCAGCCUGUGUAAAAGAAUACAAUCCGUGUUAACAAGAUUCUGAUGGGAUGGAGUAGAUGAAAACAAUAAAAUCUGUUGGGUGGCUUGGGAUAAAUUAACUAAACCUAAAUCUUUAGGAGGUUUGUUUUAAGGGAUAUCCAAAAAUUCAAUCAGGCCCUUCUAGCAAAACUGGCAUGGCGUCUAAUCACGGUCCCGAGAAGCUUACUAGCACGGGUUCUAUUGCGGAAAUACUGCAAUGGAAAACACUUCCUUAAUGUGGAGCCACCUUAGACCUGCUCUCAUGGCUGGAGAGGGAUCCUCUACGGCAGAGAUCUUCUAACUAAGAACCUGGGGAAAGCUGUGGAGCCUUUGGAAGGACUUCUGGAUUUCACUCGAUAAGAUUGAAAAGCCUAUAGGUCCUAUUCGAGAAUCUGAUCUUGACCUCACAGUGCCAGACCUCCUAACGGAUUACCUAAAGUGAAAUAAAAGCAGAAUUCAAAAAGUUUUACCGGAGUAUUUCUCUCAGAUUUUGUGCCUGCAACCCAGCCUGAAAGGAGCAUAAGAUUCUUAUAUAUGGCACUCUACAUCUUCGGGUAUUUAUUUCGCAAAACUCAGGAUAUCACACGGCUUCUAUCUCCUACACAGAGUCGUCAUUGUUGCAUCAAGCUGAGGAUUUCAAGUGGAUAAAGGACAUUUGGUCAGGAAAGUUCUCACCCAAAAUAAAAGCUUUCCUCUAGUCAGUAGUGCAAAAUGCCCUUCCUCUAGGAGUCAACCUACAAAAGAGGAUUAGUAUCAGCAACCCCUUGCCUCAGAUGUCAAAACCUUAAAUCAGACAUACAUAUGUUCUUUACCUGCCCCUUUGCGGUAAAGGAAUGGAAGUGUGUUCUUUUACGCCAAGCAGUUCACAUAGCUGCAGAUUCAUCUUUUAAAGAGGCCAUCAUCAAGGUUCGAACAGCCGUUUGCCUUCGCCCUUCGGGAUUUGUGUUUAAUAUACUUCCAUGGAUUUGCUAGGAAAUCCAGACAGCACGAAACUCAUUGAUUUUUGAAGGUAAAACCUUCAGUCCUGAGGAAAUAUCGUUAAAAGGUCUGAUAUUAGCAAAAGAAUGGACGGAAGCACAAGGAAAAUCAUCAGAAAUUAAAUUGUUACCUUCUGCUCUACGCUCUUCCUCAAAUCGAUCAUCCAGAUCCACAUAUACCUCGAGAUUGAUCACUUGUAAAACAGACACGGCUUGGAAUUCGGACAGGAAGACUACAUGAUUAGGUUGGAUAUUCUCGCGACCAUCUUUGGCAGUUUCAUCCCAGGGAUCAUCGAUCCAGACUUUCGUUAAUUCCCCACGAAUGGUAGAGACCGUUGCGGUGUGAUUGGCUCUUUUUGCAUGGCACUAACUUUGGAAUUCUCAAAUCUCAAAGUUCUCUCUGACAAUUCAACGCCCUUCAGAGCUAAAACCGGCAAAUCGUAGUCUAAAGAAAUCAUUGGAAUCGUAUACACUUGAUCUCCUCUGGGUUUGCGACUAUUUGUUUCUCUCAUCUCCCUCGAUCGUAAACUCGUUAGCUGAUGGGGUAGCCAAAAAGACUCUUCGCUCCUUUCUGCUUGUGUAAUGAACCUUUCGGAAUGGACCACAUUUUAGGUCUAUUUGUUUUUCUUAAGUUUAAUGAAAUCAUUAAGUGACGAAAAAAUGUCACUAACAUAUAGUGCGAGACUCCUAAUAUCAUCUCUUAAAAUGAAGUUUCUUCUUAUUCAUUAAAUUUAGAACAAUUUUCACUUUUUGAUUGACUAUAUUUAAGACGUGGUUGGAGAAAUUCAAACAUCAUAAUUAGUGAUAUACAUCAUGGAGUAUAUCUUUCAAAUUCAAUAAAAUUCUUUGAGACUAAAAGAAUACUGUGCAUCACUGAUCUCAAGUUGUAUUUUCAUAGGCAUUCAUUUAUCAGUCUUUUUAGAUUUUAAAAAGUUUUGUACAAUCUGAUAGUGUACUCACACUUGAUUUAUUUUAUCUUCAGAAGAUAUGAUUAAAUAUCAUUUGUUCAUUGCCAUCUUUAUUGUUUCACUUCCGGUACAAGUCUUAAAGAAAAUGCUUUGUUUCGAUUUUGAUAUUAUACAUACAGAUCCAUGAUCAUAACGUUUUUAACCACUUUUAUAGCAAUUUUUUCCGACCAUUGCUAUUGGUGUGAUCAUUUUCUUUCUAACAUAUAAUGUCGUAUACGCUUCAGGAAAUGAAUCAUAACCAACGUGAUUUAUGCAUUUAAUUUAUACCUCAGUGUUUUGCUUAGUCUAUAGAAGAUAAUAUAUGAUUUGCAAAAUUUCUUAAAUCUCUUUAUAUAAUAUUGUAUCGUAAGACAACCUUGUUUUACAUGACAAAUAUGUAUUUUCCAAUAUUUCUGCUUUAAUCAUAUUCUUUUUACAUAAUUAUAAGUUAAAAGUUAUUCAACAUUGCUGAUAUUUGUAUACAAACUUCAAAUCAUAUAAUCAUUAAAUACAAAGCUUCCAAACAAGCUUUAUAUAAUUAUAUUCUAUUGACUAUAUCUUUUUUUUUUUUUUUUAACUGGCUUUCAUAUUAAAAUUUAACAAAGAAGAAAAAAGGAUACAGAGUUCACAAAGAAAAAGAAAAACAGAACAAAAUAAAAGAAAUACAACUGGUAUUAAAAGAAAAGAACAACACCGAUAAGCAAAACCCUAGAAGGUGAAUAACAAUGGCUUACAAGAUGAACGAAAGUAAAAUUGGUACGACAAAACUACCGGAAGGUGAAAAUGGUCAGACUACACAGACAAGUCACAGAAGCAACUCCGGGCCUUACAUUCAAUUACCUUCCAGAGCUGUUAAUCCAGAGAGGAGCCGAAGCAUCCUCACUCUCGUCCAAACAAGCACAACCACUGACAAUUAAGCACACAGAAGGUGAGAAGCAACAUACCUGAGAGGCACGAGCACACACACAACUCCAAUGGCCGAAAGGACAGGUUGCUAAGGAGGAAGCUAGGCGUAGGAGAAAACGGGACCUGCACUGAAAGGAAGAAGACUAUUUCUGCCGCGGGAAAUCCAAGGGGACACCAUGACACUGGGAUGAAACAGCCUUAUUUAGAAGACUAUUGACUAUAUCUUUAUUUAGAUUGUUCUAAAAUUGAAGUGAGAGAACGGAGUUAAGAGUGAGAGAAGCCCAAUUAAAAUUUAGAAGUGACAAAUGUGAAUCUUUUACGGUAAAGUAUUUGAUCUUAAUAAUGACUAAAUAUAUAUGAUAUAAAUUUGUAUUUUUGAUUGUAUAUAUAUAUCUACAUUUAAAUGUUACACAUUAAGUGUUAUAUUCAGUGUUUUGAAACCUGACCCGGAACCGUGGUUAAACCGAUAAAACCGGUGAUCCUAUAUGUAAUCCAGUUUGGUUUAAAAAAAAUAAAAUCUAUAUUUAGAAAUUCUAUAAAUCAGUAAAACACCGCUAAAACCUAAGACCCGACUACCAGUUGAACCGAUAGGUGACCCAUUAUGUAAUACAAUUUGAUUUAAAUUGUCUUAUUUAAAGUAUUCUAAUUCAUGAAUGUUUAGAUGAAUGGUGGAUAUAUUAUGAAUGUGAUGCUCUAAUUUUACAAAAGUUAGCCAUAAAUUUUUUAGUCAAACCAAUUUAUCAUUUUGUUGUAACCGUAAUGUAUCAAUAUUUGAGAGGAUACAUACUAAAAUAAAAAUAUAUUUGAGGAUCAACGAUUCGUAUACAACUUUUAUUGAUUACAAUUUAGUGAUUUUAGUUUUAAUUAAAUAUAAUCAGUUAUUUAUUUAGUUUACUUUUAUUGUUUACAUGUUAUUAGAAUUUUCUCGAUCUUUUUGGGUUAUUUUAAAUUUUAAAUUUAAUUUCAUUAUUCAUAUUAAAGAUUUAAAUAUUUAUUAAUUUUAAUUUUGUAAUAUAUUUUUUCCAUAUAUCCAAUAAUAUUUUUUAUUAUCAUUUUUGAUCAAUGCUUUAAAGCACGGAUUAAUUUUUAUUCAAAAACGUAUUUAUUGAAAAUUAGAAAUCUUAUACACAUAUAUUUUUUA